AUGGUAACUCACAAGCCUCUCCCCACACCAUCUCCGGAGAAGGAAGAUGAGCUCUUCGUAUCAGACACGGACGACGCCAAUGUCGAAGCCCGCACAUCGGAGCCACCGCGCAAUCUGAAGCAACCACUCAAACUGCUCAAGAAAGCGCCCAAGCGAAGCUACGAUUUUUCUUAUGCCACAUAUCUGGAAGAAGGCUUGUCGAUCACAUCGGCCGCAUAUGAUCCCCGACUGGUCAAGCUCAAAGAGGCGCUCGCGCAGAUUGGCCUCGAUGUCACAGAGCUUAUCCCUGAGGGAGAUCUGGUGAAAGCGGUAUUUGCCCAUCUGUUACGCACCGCAGCCGCGCUCAAAAUUGCACCUUCGAAGCGUAAGCGACAUAUCUGCUUAGUGGGCGAUUCCGGAGCUGGGAAGAGCUCCAUCAUCAAUUGCAUCCUCGGAAUACCUGAACUGGCGUUGGUUUUGGGGCUGGCAAAAAGUGUCACGAUGGUAGCAACCUCUUACGAGUCCGCGUUCCCAUGGCAGACGAAGCGAUUCGCUGCGCGCAUCGUCCUCCUCUCCCAUCGUGAGAUUCGGGCGAAGUUGCGAGGUCUGUGCGCAGAUUAUUUCAGUUACCAGCUGGAGCUAGUAGAAGUCCGAAAAGUGGCUCAAGCGAGAGCGGUGAAGACACUGGACGUGGAAGACAAUGAGGGCGAUGCCUCAAAAGCUGAGCAGCCUUCUGAAGUUCGGGAAACUAAACGCGAAGCUGCCCAAUCUGCAUUCGAGGUCUUCCGCUCCCUGUUUCGCAAACGUGAGAAGGAAUUCGGAAAUGAUGAGCGCGGCAAGGAAUUCCUGCGAUUGGCCGAUGGCAAGCUUGAGGAAACUGUCAAUGAGUUCAUGAAAUGGUGCACUGAUCUUCUACCGAAGGCCACGGAGCAACCAGCGAACAGCAACAGCAGGAAAAAGACGAACUCCGUCCAACUUGAGGCUGAGACCCAGGAAAAGCUGCACACGCAGCUUCAGAUGUACGCCGAGUCCGAGCAGACCCUGUCCAAGACUCCAAAUUCCUCCCUCUGGGCACUUGUCAGUAAGAUCCACAUAGGCAUCCGCGACGUGCCUAUUCUGGAACACGCGAUCUUCGUAGACUGGCCAGGGGCUAGUGACAAAAACUCUCUGCGUGCGAAGGCUUCGAAUCAACGUGUAUCAGACUGCGAUGAGAUAUGGAUCGUCGGUCAAAUCAGCCGUGUCACUACGAACAGGACCGUAGCUGACGCUUUGCACCGAUAUGCGGCGAUCAAACCAUGUGCGAUUGUGUGUACUCACAUAGACACUGUUGCAGACAACACCGAACACCUAGCACACUUGCAGGCACAGGGCUUCCAGGAUUCCGCCUACACGAAAGAGUGUGCGCGGCGCGAAACGCUCGACACAACAAUCCGUGCCCGGAAGGCAGAUCUGAAAGAGCAUGAAGAGGCGAUCUCGAAUGGCCAAAUUGUUGUGAUCGUUGAAGAUGAAGAGUACCUGUGUGAUGGCACAGAGGAGGAGUUGCAAAUCGCCAGGAACAGAAUCAACAGCGACAAUGCGGCAUUGAAGAAGUUGGAAAAUGAGCUUGCCGAAGCCGAUGCAUCGAUCAUUAACCGUGGUUGGGAUGUUCACGAAUUAUUCUUUCGCAGCAUGUUGAAAUCUGCGCUGGCGGAAAUGGAACUGAAUGCAAGCAUGUUCUUCGUCUCGAAUGAGCACUACAUGGGCUGCAGAGGCGCGAAGUCCGUCAAAGGCAGUCUUCUCGAGCUGGGGCGCACUGGAAUUCCGGAGCUGAGACGUCACAUAUUGAGAGCGACUGAGGCCGAUGAAAUGGCAGCGAUGCAGGAGUACAUUGCAAAAGUUGAGAUAUUUCUUCGCGGUCUUAACGUCGUUGCCAAUCCCGAGCACGAAAAGGAGAACCGCAAGGUGCUCCUGACUAUCAAAGAGGGCAAAGACAAGAUCAGCGAUCUGAAACACGGCGAUUAUAUUGCGGCCUUGGAACACACUCUUGAACAAAGCUUCGAGCGUCCUGUUGUUAGACGAAUGGAUGAUCUGGUCACAAACGCUACCGAGAUCGCCGCCGGGAAGAUCAAUUGGCAGGCGUCGACACUCAAAGCCUUUAUCGCCAACGCCGGCUUGCACAAUACGCCAAAGGUCGGGCGACACAAUUGGAAUCGAGCAUUCUUUGCCGAUUUUAUUAACAACAUCCUUGCGAACUGGGAUACAUUCGUGAAUGAGGAGGCCGACGCUUUCACCAAGCUUCAGGAAAAGUUGUUGGAGGAAAUUCGAGGUGUUAUCGCGAGUUCGAACGGGCGUCGCGCCGCCAAACAACUAGGCGACAAGACGGGCCAAUUUCGUGAGUUGAUCGAGGCCAAGAUCGAAGAAGCAGAGCGUCUCUGCGAGAAAGCAAGGAGAGAGUAUGCGAUCAAGCUCAUGUCGAUCAAGACCGAGGCAACGACGCCUGGAACGAAGCCUCAGAAAAGCUACAUCGACAAGGCAAUGGACCACGGCUACGAUUCGUGCAAGCUCGUCAAAGGAAGAGGCUAUCGCAGAAGCGUCAUCAACACACUCAAGAGUUACGUAGCUAAGAGGAGCAAGAGUUCACCGUUCAGAAGCGUCGUGAUCGAUAUCAAGACUGCAGUUGAGGAAGAUGCUAACGCGCAGGUCGAGGUCCUGGUUGAUGCAGUCGAAGGCAUCUUCGACGACAUCACAGGUUGGCUCGAAAGCGUUUUCGCGGAGCAGGCGGGCGAUGCAGUUGCUCCAGUUGUUCGAAAGGGACUUCAAAAGUACCUUCCGGAUGCUCUGCAGAGACACCAGGAUAUCAAGACGCGGCUGGACGAGAUCAUCAAGGAGUAUCAGAACGCGACAUAG